CGGCAGCCAUCCAUCCCUCUAGUCUUCCGUACGCCAUACACGAAUCGAAGCCGCAAAUCCACCGUCGAAUUCUCCUUUUUCUUCAUGUUGUGCGAGAACCCUAGCACUCCCUCUCUCAUCUUGCUUCUUCUCCUCGGCGAUGAUUAAGUGCCUAGGGGCUCGCAGCCGUGGCUUCAGUCCGAGAUCUAGAUGAUGCUGUUUUGGUUGUCGACGUCGUCGCACGCCGGAGCUGAGCUUCUGUCACUUUUGCAUCCGGUUCGUUCCCGCGCCGUCAAUCGCUAUCUCUUUCGAUUGCUUAGUUCGCUGACCAGCGGUUCAGACUCUCCGUGCUUACAAGGACAAGAGGGGGAUCAACUGUUUAUAAUACAUGGCUGAUAAUCGCAAUGUUAAUAAUGUCACGGUGCGAGCAAGUACAUCCAGUCCCUUCACAAUUAAUAUUGAAAACUUCAGCAAACGGAUAAAGUUGUUGUACUCCCACUGGAAACAGUUCAAGAAUGAUCUAUGGGGUGGCUCGGAGGUUUUCUCCAUAGCUACUCCUCCUCAUUCAGAGGACCUCCGUUACCUAAAAUCUUCUGCGUUGAAUAUGUGGUUGGUCGGUUAUGAGUUCCCAGACACAAUCAUGGUUUUCAUGAAGAAACAGAUCCAUUUUCUGUGUAGCCAAAAGAAAGUAUCAUUACUUCAGUCUGUGAAAAAACCCGCUGAGGAUGCUUUGGGUGUUGAAGUCAUAAUGCAUGUGAAGGGAAGAAAUGAUAAUGGUUCUGCAUUAAUGGAUGAUAUAUUUGAAGCUGUCGGUGCAGAGUCACGGUUGGAUGGCUAUGACAACCCUAUUUUUGGGCAUAUUGCCAGAGAAACUCCUGAAGGGAUUUUUCUAGAGGUGUGGGAGGAGAAGUUGAAGAAUGCUAAUUAUCAACUCACUGAUGUAACUAAUGGGUUCUCGGACCUGUUUGCUGUGAAAGAUUCUCUUGAGAUUACAAAUGUGAAGAAGGCUGCUUACCUGACUUCCUCUGUCCUGAAAUAUUUUGUCGUCCCGAAACUAGAGCAGAUCAUUGAUGAGGAGAAGACAGUCACUCAUUCUUCCUUAACUGAUGAUACUGAAAAAGUCAUAACUGAACCUGCAAGGAUAAAGGUGAAGCUGAAAGCUGACAAUGUUGAUAUCUGCUACCCACCAAUUUUUCAGAGCGGAGGACAGUUUGAUCUGAAACCAAGUGCAACAAGCAAUGAUGACUAUCUAUUCUAUGAUAAUACAGCUGUUAUCAUAUGUGCGAUUGGGUCUCGUUACAGUAAUUAUUGCUCAAAUGUGGCUAGGACAUACCUAAUUAAUGCCAACUCGCUGCAGAGCAAGGCAUAUGAGGUCCUCCUGAAGGCCCAUAUUGCAGCAAUAGCUGCUUUAAAGCCUGGAAAUAAGGCUGUAGAUGUCUAUAAAGCAGUUGUUACUGUUGUGAAAAAUGAGGGGCCUGAAUUUGCUCCCCACUUGACAAAAUCUGCAGGAACUGGAAUAGGCCUUGAGUUUCGUGAAUCAAGCCUCAGUUUAAAUGGAAAAAAUGACAAGAUACUUAAAACUGGCAUGAUCUUCAAUGUAUCUUUAGGUUUUCAGAAUUUGCAAAUAGAGACCAACAAUCCAAAAACACAGAAAUUUUCUUUAUUGCUUGCAGACACAGUUGUCAUUGGUGAAACUACCUCAGAAGUGGUAACCUCCACAUGUUCAAAAGCAGUGACAGAUGUGAAUUAUUCAUUUAAUGAUGAUGAAGAAGAGCCCCAAAAAACCAAAUCCAAGCCUAGAGCUGCUGACACACUCCCAUCCAAGGCAACACUAAGAUCAGUUAACCAUGAGGUAUCGAAGGAGGAGUUAAGGAGGCAGCAUCAGGCAGCACUGGCUCAACGGAAAAAUGAGGAGACAGCAAGGAGGCUUGCUGGUGGCGGCUCUGAAGGGUCAAAUCGUGGUCCCCUGAAACCAUCCGGUGAGUUGAUUGCAUAUAAGAAUGUCAACGAUCUACCUCUGCCAAGAGACUUCAUGAUUCAGGUAGACCAGAAACAUGAGGCCAUCCUCUUACCCAUAUAUGGCAAGAUGGUGCCUUUCCAUAUUGCUACUGUGAAGAGUGUUUCCAGUCAACAGGACACUAGUCGUACGUGUUACAUUCGAGUAAUCUUUAAUGUACCUGGUGCUCCUUUUGCUCAGAGUGACCCCAACUUACAGAAGUUCCACGAUUCAAUUUAUGUUAAAGAAGUAUCAUUUCACUCCAAGGAUCCAAGGCAUAUUAGCGAAGUUGUUCAAGCUAUCAAGACCCUCCGCAGGCAGGUUGCAUCCCGUGAAUCAGAGAAGGCUGAGAGAGCAACGUUAGUCACACAAGAGAAACUCCAGGUUGCUGGAGCAAAAUUCAAGCCAAUUAGGCUAUCUGACUUGUGGAUCCGUCCUGUUUUUGGUGGUCGUGGAAGAAAGCUUAGUGGUACCUUAGAAGCACAUGCAAAUGGAUUUCGUUAUGCAACAUCAAGACAUGAUGAACGGGUGGAUAUCAUGUUUGGUAAUCUUAAACAUGCAUUCUUCCAGCCAGCUGAAAAAGAAAUGAUAACUCUCUUGCAUUUCCAUCUGCACAACCACAUAAUGGUGGGAAACAAGAAAACAAAAGAUGUUCAAUUUUAUGUUGAGGUCAUGGAUGUUGUACAGACGAUUGGAGGUGGAAAGAGAUCUGCAUAUGACCCUGAUGAGAUUGAGGAGGAGCAGCGAGAGAGGGAUAGAAAGAACAAAAUUAGCUUGGACUUUCAAAACUUUGUGAAUAGAGUCAAUGAUUUGUGGGGACAAUCUCAAUUCAAGUCAUUUGAUUUAGAGUUUGAUCAGCCAUUGAGAGAACUUGGUUUUCAUGGGGUGCCACAUAAAUCAUCUGCAUUCAUAGUUCCAACAUCAACCUGCCUUGUUGAGCUCAUUGAACUACCAUUUGUGGUAAUCACCCUUGGCGAGAUUGAAAUUGUUAAUUUGGAGAGAGUUGGUCUCGGUCAGAAAAACUUUGACAUGACUAUUGUAUUUAAGGAUUUCAAGCGAGAUGUAAUGCGGAUUGAUUCAAUUCCCACAUCGUCGCUAGAUGGUAUUAAGGAGUGGCUGGAUACAACAGAUAUCAAGUACUACGAGAGUAGGCUAAAUCUGAACUGGAGGCAAAUAUUAAAAACAAUCACUGAUAAUCCUGAACAAUUCAUCGAGGAUGGUGGAUGGGAAUUUUUGAACUUGGAGGCUAGUGAUUCAGAUUCUGAUAAUUCUCAGGAGUCAGAUCAAGGAUAUGUCCCUUCAGAUGUGCAAUCCGACUCUGUCUCAGAGGAGGAGGAUGAUGACAGCGAGUCACUAGUGGAGUCCGAGGAAGGUGAAGAAGAUGAUUCUGAUGAAGAGUCCGAAGAAGAUAAAGGGAAGACCUGGGAGGAGCUGGAAAGGGAAGCUAGUAAUGCAGAUAAAGAGAAGGGAAAUGAAUCAGAUAGUGAGGAAGACAGAAAAAGAAGGAAAAUGAAGGCUUUUGGGAAGUCUCGACCACCAGCAAGAAGACCAAGAGGAGGAGGAGGUAGCCUCCCUAAGAAAUCCAGGUUUAGAUGAAGAGGUUGCGUCCCUACCAUCGGAAAUCGAUAAUAGAAUAGCCUGCUUGUAAUCUUGCAAGCUAGAAGAAAAUGGCAGGUCGAGGAAAUCUGGUAAUUCAAACUAUAGAGCCUUGAGCAGGUCGAGGAAAUUGUUGGCAUUGUAUUGUUUAGUAGUUAAGGUGAUUUGGAGGUUUGUACUUGGGAGAUGUUAAUACUUAGUACUUUUGAAUCUUUAGUGUUCAUGAUAUCUAACUCUGGUUCUACUAGUUUCUACUCAAUUUCUUAAUUGUAGACAGUUGUUGCAAUACAACACGACUUAUCAAAUAUAAUCCUAUUUAGAAUAUCUAAAUAAAAA